CCGACCGUUACCACCUAUCAUCAUCAUCAUUUCUCACUUUCAUUUCAUGUUUAUGUUCAUGUUUCUGUCACUUUUUCUUUCACAACAACGUUAGAAUCACAAAAAAAUGGUUGCCAAAACCACACUCACACAAAAUAAUAAUAACAUGUUACCUGUUUUUGAUCCAGUUCUAAUCAGAGAAACACUAAACAAGGUGGAUCGUUGCAUGUAUCGGCUACAAGAACUUCAGUUCACUGUUUCUGGAGGACUCAAUCUAAGCCCUCGCAGUACCAGAAAUUAUCUCAGAACAAGUUUAAGAUGCAAGCAAGAAUCUAUUAGGAUCAAGAAUAGUUCACAAGAAACAUCUCCAAUGGGGAAGUUUUCAAAAUCAGCUAAUUUACGAGGUGAGUGGAGGAAAAUGUCACUGCCUGCAAUGCUUGUUGGCGAAACUGUUGUAGAAAUUUUACAGGCUAGUCAGUUUGCUAGACAAAUGGUAUCUUCGGUUGGUCCGAAAACUCCGUUAUCUCGAUCCUCACACCAGAAAUCAGACCCUGAAACCUCACAACUCAGAGCUAAAAGAACCAAGGAAAAGGAAAAUAAACAACAGUCUGAUUCGCCACCGUUUCAACCUCAUCGUGCACGUUCGAGAAUCAACUUCGAAGUCUCUCCCCCGAAAAAAGUAAGAGACUGUGAUGAAGAGAAAGAGAAUAUUAAGCAUUCAGCAAAUAGGGUAUAUCCAAAGAAUAGGCCAUGGGCUAGAAAACCAGUACUGUUUCCCAACCCUUUAUUCUCUUCAACUUCUUCGCAUCAGCAAGAAUUCUGCAAGACAAGAUCACCUGUCAUAUCAACAACGCCGCACAAGUUUCGGAUCAAAUCACCGUAUAAGUAUCUGAUUGAAUCACCAAAUAGAGUAACAACAAAAUCACCAUCGAAGUUUCGGAUAAAAUCACCUCAUGUGUUUGUGGACGAAUCACGAAAUAGAGUAACAAAAACACAACAUAAGAAGGUUCUGAUCAAAUCACCAAGUAGAGCAACAACUACUUCAUCCAAGAGAGCUGCAAGAUUGAACUAUCCAAAGAGAUGUGGUCCUGCAUCGAUAUCAAGUCGAACUCUCUCUCCUUCUAGAUUGGCUGCACCAACAAAGAGCAAGAGAAGUGUACAGAAAAGUGAUGCCUCAGUGUGUUUGAGUAAGAGUUCUCCAAAGAGAACAACUGCAUCAAAAUUACGCCGAUCGUUCUCUCCUUCGAGACUUGUAACAAGACUAGUUUUACCAUUGAAGAGCAAGAAAAAUGAUGGCUUAGCUAGUGGACUGAAACAACGACCACCAACAUCAGUGCACUUGGCUGGUCCAAGAUUUUAAGAACAUACAGUGUGAUAUGUUUUCAGUUUUGUUGUUUUAUUUUCAUAAGGAUGUCAAGCUCCUUAAGAAAUUCUAUACUGUGUCCAUACUAUAUACUAUACUUUUUUUUUGUUUUCCAUGUCAAUGCAGAAUUUGACCAUAUUGAUAUACUUGGAAUUUGAUGUGACAAAUGAGAAGUUGAUUUUUUUUUAUCGAAUAGUAUUUAUGCUC